AUGCAUUCACUGUUUGCCGUCCUGCUACUAAUCACUUCUUCUUCAUCUAAUCCAUCGCAGACUUGCCCAGAUUUAUGUUUGUGCUAUGAUUCUUCUAAUUUAGUAGAAUGUAGAGGGCAGGAACUGGCCACUGUCCCACAUGGCCUCCCCCACAGUACAUGGAUGUUGGACUUUCGACAUAAUAACCUUAGUCGACUGGAGCCUGACUAUUUCCAUGCUUUGUGGUCCCUCCGCAUCCUCCUCUUGUCAGACAAUUGCAUUGAGAUAGUAUCCCCUAAAUCUUUCCGUUCCCUGGGCUUCUUAGAACGCUUAGACCUUUCUUAUAAUCUCAUAGCCAGUUUGCCCAAUGACUUUUCCAGGGGGCUGGGAUCCCUGCGAGAGCUAAGAGUCCCUUCAAAUCGACUAACUUCCCUAAACUAUGAGAGUCUUCGUCACCUGGAAAGCCUUGAAAAGUUGGAUCUCAGUCAAAACUAUUUAAGCUCAAUGGAACAUGGGUUAUUUAGAGGUCUUUCGAGACUUCGUCACCUCCACCUACAGUCCAACCUACUUGAUGAAAUAAGAGGUGGUUACUUCUUUAUGUUGCAGAACCUGGAACUGUUGAACCUGUCUGAUAACAAUAUCAGUGGUAUUGCUGUAGAGUCCUUUACAUCUCUUCACUCACUCAGACUUCUAUCUCUCUCUGAAAACCAACUGAGUCACUUGAAAUUUAAGACUUUCCUCAACCUGCAAACUUCCAGCACUCAUAUUCAGGUGUCGGGUAACCCCUGGAUGUGUGACUGUGACCUUCAGAGGGUGUUUGGCAAGAUCACCAGUGUCAGGCACCUUCAUAUAGAUGAUUAUGACAAUCUCACUUGUGAAGGACCACCACAACUCUCAGGGGCAGCACUCGCCUCAGUAGACAACCAGCUGUGUGUGGCUGAAACCGCUACAGUCUUGGUUAUUACCAUUACUGUUUUGGUGACAGUCAUUGCUGCCAUUGUAAUGGCAGAGAGAAAUCGCAAGAAGAACCAAGAGAAGAAUUGGAAUGAACCAGAUGGGCCUUUUGAAACCCAAGACAAAUAA